CGGCGGCCCAGUUGUACAGCGUGACGCCUCGUUGUGCCGUUCUUAGCGACGCAAACAUAAGCGAGCUAAGACGUUUCUACUCACCAUUUCAUAUCACAAGUCACGACCUAAGGAAUAAUUGGGUGUAAAUAAUAUAUCCUGUGGUUUAGACUUUCUCCUUGCGCGUAUUUAUUUACAUUUGCAAUACGAAACCGGUUGAAUAUGACGAUUUAAUGCAGCGUUGUGAAGGAUUUUUUGUUUAUAUUAAUAAUUCACGGAAUCUAAAUGUCAUGAGAACCAAAGUUUUGUAAUCAAAUUAAUAGGUACUUAGUGACUAGUGAGUGCUGAUUUUGUUUUCUUCGAAGAUGCAAGACGAGCUGAUCUAAAUAACUUACUUCACUUAAGUUCACAUGUUUAUAUGCAAGAUGUUGAAACAUUGGUCGACAUAACGAAGGUGCUAGAGAAAGACUAAACAUGACGGAGCUCGUGAACAAGAAUCUAAUUACGCUGAAGUGCGUACUCUUCUGCUUCCUUUCAGGUAUAGGAUGCAUAUUCCCGUUCCUGCCCCUUCACAUGCUUUCGGUUGGUUUGGACCGAGGGGAGGCUCGACUUAUAUCUGCAAUCGCACCUGCUGUUGCCCUCCUAGGCCCAGCGAUUCUUGGACCUCUUAUUGACAAACUAUCAGUAGGUAGAGGGUCAACCGGAGGAGGUGGCGUCCCCAGCAGCUCAGGCAAGUUGCUGCGCGUCGUUAUCGCGUGCUGCUUGAUCCUCAGCGCCUUGUUCUACACACUCCUACUUGCAGUACCUUAUACGGAACGCCAUGAAGCACGGCGGCCGCAGGUGUUGUUUAUGUGCGACGCGGAGGGCGCUUACGUCAUGCAAGAGGUGUGCACGGAGGGCAUGCGUUGCAACAGAUGGGAGGGCGAAAAGUCUGGCGUAUUGGCGGUAAGCGCGUGCGAGUACGGAUGCGCGGAUGACAACAUGACGUGGGUGACCCGGCCUUUCACCACCACCUCCACCACGACCACGCUCAGCCCCAUGUACAACAGCGUCGCGAACGCCACUUCUCCAGCACCAGUGACAGACGAGGCCGAAGAAGAAGAUGACUUUGAGUUCAACCCGCCACACCUGUGCUACAACGGGCAAUGCUUGGUGUACAUGCAGCACGUGAACAGGCUCCGGGUGCCGCUCGCGCUGAUAGCGCCCGAGCCUCCUAAGGAUAACUCCACCGCUGAGAACAACUGGUGCAAUUAUCGUACAGGUGGACCAUCCAAGUGUCUAGUGCCGUCGGAUCGCUUGAAGGACAUAGUGCACAACGGAGAGACAUGCCACCCCGCGGUGCGCUGCCAAGUGCUCGAUCCAUAUGACGAGCCCGACGGCGUCCUAGCAGAUGCCGAAUGCCGCCAAAUCAUUGGCGAUCCGACUUACACCUUCUGGACUUACUUUAUCAUCAGGAUACUAGCAGACAUUUGGCCGACAGCGGCGCUGGCCCUGCUGGGCGCCGCGUGCGUCAUAGCCACCAGGGAGACGUCGCUGGGGCGUGGGGACGUGGGGCGGCAGCUGGCGUGCGGCACGCUGGGGCUGGCCGUGUUCCCGCCGCUGGCCGGGCUGGCGGCCACAAACAUGCCCGAUGCGCCUUACUUGGUGCCCUUCGUUAUGCACGCUGUGUUCAUGCUGAUAGGUGCCCUCAUACUACUGGUUGAUACGCACAUGCCGCUGUCCACGCCCGAGUGGUGGUGGCACACGGCGUCUGGUGUGCUGGCCAUGCCGAUGAGCGCGGUGCGGCGCUACGGCGCGGAGACCGCGGCUGUGUUCGCGGUGGUCGUGCUGCUGGGCACGCUGUGGAGCGGCAUCGACGCCUAUCUUCCAUGGACGGUGCAACAACUGAACGGCACGGCGCUGGAGGUGGGGCUGACGAUGACGGCGGGCGCGCUGCCCGCGGUGCCCGCGCUGUGGUGGGCCGAGGCGCUCGUGGACUACAUCGGACACUCCAACGUCUUCAUCACCGCCUUCACAUUCUACUGCCUGCGCUACACGGGUCUAGCGUACAGCGAGUCCUACUCGUGGGUGGUGGUGUGCGAGCUGCUGGAGGUGUUCACGCUGAGCCUGGUGUGGGUCACGGCCGUGCUGUACUUCCGUCACCUCGUGCCCCGCAAGUACACCACAACCGGACAGGCCGCGCCGGUCAUUGCGCACUUCUGUAUCGGUCGGUGUAUCGGCGCCAUCAUCAGCGGCCUGGUGUCGCUGGAGCCGCCGCUGGCGUCGCAGCGCGACGCGUACCGCGCGCUGGGCGUGGCGGCGCUGGUGGCGGCCGCGGUGUACCUGGCGCUCUACCACCUGCUGCUGGCGCCGCGCUGCGCCUCGCCCGCCGUCGCGCCGCCCAGCCAUCUGCUACAAGGAUUGAAUACAAACGGAGGAUCGAACGGCAACUACUCACCGAUGCGAGUCUAUCACGAGGAGCGGUCAAGAAAAGGGCAUUUCCGUUAUUAAGUCAAAAAUGUCUUAUUAAACGUAUUGUAAUUUUUUACUAUUUUUUUCGAUAUUAAAUAAGUUUCAUAAGUACACAAUAAUUGUGAUAAAAGUAACUAUUUCUUGAUUAAUUAAUCUGAUCCAAUCAGUGUUAUUUAUUAGCUUUUACAUUUUAACGCCUUAACUGCAUUUUAUUAAUAUAAGAACUGGACGUUGUUACGUGGAAACAGACCAACCCACGCCGAGUUAGCUUCUAGAUAUUGAAUUUUAAAUUUCAGACUUAGCUGUGUUUUAGAUUUUAAAUCGUAAGGCGCCAUCCCCAUGGACGAUAGAAUCGCGGCGAUAGUCUCGCCGAGUGACAAAAGUCGGAUCGCCCUGUGGAGAUUAUCCCUUAGAGUUCGUAUCGAAUUUUGUCAUACGGCGAGACUAUCGCUGCGAUUCUCUCGCCCGUGGAGAUGGCGCCUAAGAUAUUUGGCCUUAAUAUUUACAAACUAACUUGGUGUGGGUUGGAUCCUUUUCACGUAACAAUUAUGCAAUUAUUUGUAAUUAAAUAAAUUUUACUCUUA